UCUUUCCUUGUAGUGGAUCAAUAACUGCAUAGGAAGAAAAAAUUACAAAAGGUUCUUCAUCCUCAUGGUGUUUGCUCUUCUCUUGCUUAUUCUGCAGUGGGCUGUUGGGAUGCUUGUGCUGAUACUGUGUUUUGUUGAGAGAAGGAGAUUUUCUGCUGAAAUUGUUUCAAAGCUGGGUAGUAGCUUUUCCUUGGCACCCUUUAUCAUUGUGGUGGCUGUGUGCACUUUAUUAGCCAUGGUUGCUACUCUUCCAGUUGCACAACUUUUCUUCUUCCAUAUUCUUUUAAUAAAAAAGGGAAUCAGCACCUAUGAUUACAUUAUUGCUUUGAGGGAGCAAGAUCAGGAGCAGGAGCAACUUGCUGUUGGUGGGCAGCAAAGUCCGCAAAUGUCCCAAGUGAGCUCUUUUACUGGACUAAGCAGCACCAGUUCUUUCAAUCAAUUCCAUCGCGGUGCAUGGUGUACUCCGCCAAGAUUAUUCCUUGAGGAUCAGCAUCAGUAUCAAUCCACCAAUUUUGAGAAUCCUCAAUCAAACAUGUCUUUAUGA